AAUUUGUUAAGUUUUAUGAAUUAAUUUAAUGGUUGAGAUGUGAAUAGGUUAGGGGGGUAUGGAUGCCAAAUUUAAGUACACCUAUUCUUAUUAUUUUAAUUCACAAUUUAUAAAAAAUUACUUGUAAAAUAUUUUAAUAUAAUUUUAAUGCUUAAAAAGAGAGAAUGAGCUUACAAUCGUUGAUAGAUGAGUUUACUAAGUUGGACGAGUUUUCAACCCCUUCAAAGCACCUUAUAAAGUCAAUUUUACUUAGCCCUGAGGUUCCACUUUCCCUUCAGCUUAGAGCGCUUUACUACUGCAGGGAUCUUCCUGAGGAAGAUUGCUCCCAAAUUCUCAUUUCAGCUCUCGAUGUUCAUUUUGACACUUUCAUGAGACAUGAGAUCGCAUAUGUCAUUGGUCAAUCUGGCUGUUUUAGCGCCUCUAAAAAGCUCGCUGAGCUUGUAGAGAAUGUUACUGAGGAUCCCAUGGUCAGGCACGAAGCAAUUGAAGCCUUAGCAGCUCUAAAAUCCAAAGAUUAUAUUCAUCUCAUAAAGAAGUAUUGUGAGGACGAGAACAGAGCGGUUAGAGAUACUUGUAAUUUGGCAUUACAUACACUUACAAAUGCUGAGGAGUCAAACACUGAGGGUUGUACUUCAUUUCCCAUUUCUUCUUCCCCUUACAGGGCAAUUGACCCUGUCAGAACAGACUCAGUUGAUGAGUCUGAUCUCAAUUCACUGUCCAAACUUUUAUUCGAUCAAUCAUUACCAUUAUAUAAGAGAUAUGAGGCUUUGUAUAAGAUUAGAGGACAUUCAGGCGAUGAAGCUGCCAAGAUAAUUGGAGAAGCUCUGGUUAGGGAUAAGGUUUCGGAGGUGUUUAGGCAUGAGUGUGCCUUUGUGUUGGGACAAAUGCAGUCCGUGGCUCCAGUUAAGUCACUAAUUGAGUGUUUAAAGAACAGAGAUGAGGAGCCCAUGGCAAGGCAUGAGGCAGCUCUGGCUCUGGGUUCAUGCGCUUCACUGUGCGGUCAAGAACAAGCUAAGGGUUCUGAAGAUUGGGAAAAGUUAAUUGUUGAGGUUUUGGAGGAGUUUAUGCAAGAUGAAGUUAAGGUCGUUUCUGAUAGCUGUUUAGUUGCCAUGGAUUAUAUAAAUGAAAGUAAACAUGAAUUAACUGCACACUAAUUUACAAACUGUAACAUAUCAAUUUUCCGAGAAUAAAAAUUUAAAUUUAAAUUAAUUUCAUUCAUUUCAUAUUCUACAAAUUUAAAAUCAGUUUAGUACAAAAUACUCAGUGGUAAGAUUCCAGUUGU